AAACUCACCACUCCCUCUUCUUCAUCAACAACCAUUCAACCUUCUUUUCUCCUCUUCCUCACACCAACCAUGUCUUCAAUGGCCAUAGUACCCACCUUGCUCUUCCUUUUCUUCACUUUCUCACAUGUUACGGCCAUGUCCGUCGUCAAUUACUCCGAAAACGAGGUGAUGGACAUGUACGAGAAGUGGUUGGUGAAGCACCGAAAGGUGUACAAUGGGUUGGGAGAGAAGGAUAAGAGGUUUGAAGUGUUCAAGGAGAACUUGGGAUUCAUACAAGAGCACAACGCUCAGAACAACACAUACACUCUUGGGUUGAACAAGUUUGCUGAUAUCACCAACGAGGAAUACCGUGCCAUGUAUUUGGGCACCAGAACUGAUGCCAAACGCAGGGUCAUGAAAACCCAGAGGACCGGUCACCGGUAUGCUUACAACUCCGGUGACAAGUUGCCGGUGUUCGUCGAUUGGAGGUUGAAAGGUGCAGUUGCUCCGAUCAAAGAUCAGGGAAGUUGUGGAAGUUGUUGGGCGUUCUCAACAGUGGCUUCUGUGGAAGCUAUAAAUAACAUAGUGACAGGGAAGUUUGUGUCACUGUCAGAACAAGAGCUUGUGGACUGUGACAGAGAGUAUAACGAAGGAUGCAAUGGUGGCCUCAUGGACUACGCAUUCCAAUUCAUCAUUAAAAAUGGUGGCAUAGACACAGAAGAAGAUUAUCCAUACAAGGGCCAUGAUGGAACUUGUGAUCCAACUAAGAAAAAGGCCAAGGUAGUGCAAAUCGAUGAUUACGAGGAUGUUCCAGCAUAUGACGAGAAUGCCUUAAAGAAAGCUGUUUCUCAUCAACCCAUAAGCGUUGCAAUUGAAGCCUCUGGCAGGGCUUUGCAACUUUAUCAGUCUGGUGUGUUUACUGGUAAAUGUGGAACAAAUUUAGAUCAUGGUGUGGUGGUUGUUGGAUAUGGGACUGAAAACGGUGUUGAUUACUGGCUGGUGAGGAAUUCAUGGGGCACUGGGUGGGGUGAAGAUGGGUAUUUCAAGAUGGAGCGCAACGUGAGAAGGAGCUCCACAGGGAAGUGUGGAAUUGCAAUGGAAGCUUCGUACCCUGUUAAGUAUGGUCUAAACUCUGCAGUUCCUAGUUCAGGUUAUGAAAGCAAUGAGGUCUCUAUCAGCAGUGCUUGAACUAACUCAUCAUUAUUGUGGAAUUGGAUCCUUUGAAGAGGAACAAGUUCUAAAGUUGCAACAAAAGUGAUGUUUCUGUUAUCUUUAUAUGCUGCUAUUGGAAAUGCCUGUUGGGGCUAUUCUUGUACAUAGAUUUCUUCAGGUUAAAACUCAACCUGAUUAUCAAUUUGUACUGGUUUUCACUUGUUAUUCCAUUUGAAUGUUUAAUCUGAAAUCCUUAAUGAUAUUAAUGUUCUAGUUA